CGUUGUGUGAGUUCGCAGUUAGUGUCACGCGGCAAGAUCCGAUAUCUCCAAACAAUGCCUACGCUACAGGACAUAGUAACUGCAAUGGCAUCUGGUCAUGGAGGGUCUGCUGCUCUGGAAUACAAUAAAGGACCACACUCUACAGGAGAGGGGGACCGGUACGAGGAGCGCCUGCUGGCCCUGGUCUUCCUCCGCUGCGUGCGGUAUGGGCUACACUUUCAGUUGUGUGCCAACAAUGGCGAUGCUGGGAAGUUCGAUGACGUGGUGUUGGUAUGGCGACCUGAGGGACAAAAUGAGGUGAACACCCUGCUCGUCCAGCUCAAGCACAAGACCUCCUCGACGGCCAUGACCGUACACAGUGGCGCGUGGCUGUCAAAGGCCACGAAAUGCGACUUCGGGCUCAGGAUGUACUGCACCUCUUACAGAGAAAUUAGCCAGACACUGGAUACGAACAGAGCCACAUUCGCCCUGUUGACGAACGCCUGUCUGGGCGACAGUAGCCUCGACAUACUUGAGCGCCAGUAUGAGGGCACCUUCCCAGGUCUGGAGCUGCUAGAGACUGGUGGCCACCUGUACAAGCUCAAACCGAACAGCGAACAGGUUUGGAAGGCAGUCCAUGAGGACAUCAGCUUUGUGGAGAAUUUCUACCUGCUGUGCCAGCAGAGCAGUUCUAAUAACAUUGUAGGCGACAUUUGCAGGGAGCUGGAAGAAUUGCUGGGCGCCGGUGACCUAUGCGAAACCUUGUGUGACAGCUUGUGCAAGAGCAUCAGGGACUGGAUGAACAACCAGAGCGCGUGUUUGACGAGUGCUUGGAGCACAUGGCAGGCACUCGUGGACGAAUACGUCAGGAAGCAGGUGACCGAGUGCAGAGUAGUUACCACCAGACUGGAGUACUGCAAUGUGGAAAAUGUUCGGAGCUACGUGGAGUCGUGUAACCCAGCGUGGUUGAGGCCUCCAGGAAGGCAAAUGGAGGCUCUCUCUGCUACGAAGAUUCACCAGGCACUGGCUAAUGAAACGCACAUCAUGGUGGCUGUGGACCGAUUCAGAUUGCUGCGACACCGGAUUCUCCGCUAUUGGGGACCGUACUGCCGAUGGCUGGUGAUUGUAGAUGAUGAGACUGAAGAUAGCUCUGCGAUUCUGGAUGAGCUUACGAACGAGAUGCAAAGUGAACACCGAAGUCAUCGCCGCUUCGUCGUUGUGUCGUGGAGGGGCAGCCACUGCUUCAGCGACACUUGCCGCACAGCUGACAUCAGCGGCGACAGCUGGAACAACUUCCUGAACAUUAGUGUCGCGUUAAACGGGGACCGCUACGGAUGCCGCCUGCAGGACCUGGUGGCGGACGUCGACGCCCUCCAGUCACUGCUGGACGGCGAGCCGGCACUCUUGCUGGCUCUGGCGCAGCUGUCGCAGCCUCUGAGGAUGGGCCAGGAGCUGGAAACACUGCCCGCGCACUACGUGCCCAGGAAGCUCGUGGACCAGCGGGUGUUGACGGAAGAGUUUUUCUCCACUCUGGUUAAGAUGCGAGAGAAAGAGCACUCCAAAGGUACCGGCAGCAACACAAUAAUUGUGAAGGGGAAGCCCGGAGUGGGCAAGUCGAAGAUGCUGUCACACGUGGCGGAAAAAAUAAAAGAGAAGGUCCCUUCCUGCUGGCUAUUGCGAGUUAAUCUAUUUAAGUUUUACACAGUUUUAGACCACAGUAAGAACGGUGUGAGUGCUGCGGAAGACAUCUUGAGGCGGACAGUGUUUAACGAGGGCGUUCUAGGUGAACUGGAGUACACCCUGCUUAGACACUGCCUGCUGCAGUCCACGCAAGUCGUUUGUCUCGUGGACGGCUUCGACGAGGUGUGCCUGGACUAUUUCCACAAGUGCCUCGAGGUGCUGCCUCUGCUGUCUCCACGCAAGGGAAAGCUACUGGUGACGACGAGGCCACAACCGGUGUUUUUCUUACAGGCUCGGAGGAGAAAGUCGGCACACACGCUGGAGCCUUUCAGUGAAUCGGAGCUAGAAUAUUUCUUCACGAGCCAUUCCUCGAAGGGAAACAUCCCAGCCGUCAGUGUUCUCAACAAGAACUUGAGGAAUCUUCUGAGGAUCCCCCUGUUUGCUGAAAUGUUUGUAAAUCUGUCGCAGGAAAUUGAUGAGGCGUAUGACGUUGUGACUCUGUACGAAGCUUUCUUCCGAAAUAAAUUUAGGAGGCUGUACGAGGAAAAAUGGGGGACGUUCGCCGAACACUUCCUCGCCAAGUGGUGCUUCCUCGGAUACGGAGAUCGGAGCCGUGCGGUGGUGUGCCGUAAGGCCUACCUCAACGAGAGACUGGAUUUCUUUCGAGAGUCCUUCGACCGCAGGGCAGUGAGGGGCCGGCCACUGCUGGAGGCGGUGCUGGAGGCCCUGUCGAGUGGCGACGAGGGCGAGAUGAGGGCGCUGCUGGCCGGGGGUGCCGACUGGAGGCAGACAGACGCGUGUGGGCGCAACGCGCUGCACCUGGCGGUGGCCCACGGGUCGCUCCCUCUGCUGCGGCAACUGUGCAGACGCGCGGGGGAGGGCACACUGUCUGCAGAGGACGGCCUGCUCGGGUGGACGCCGGUGAGGUACGCCUGGGAGCGCAAAUGCUGGUCUGCUGUGGAAGUGCUGCUGAUGGCGGGAAGGCGGAUGCCGGGCCCUGUACCGGAACAUCGUGGAGGUGAAACGUCACUUACAGAAUGA